AUGGAUACCCGCGAAAGGCCUUUUGGAGGCAGUGAAUGUGUUAUCGUCGUUCUCAAAGACGAGGAAGGAUCGAAAUGGGCAGUCCGGUUCCCAUUACAAUUCCGAGCGUUUCCAGAGCACGUCGUGUUGACGGCGAAAAGAGAGGCGGAACUACGUCUGGCUAUUGAGAAAUCUGGGAUUGCAAGAAUGACGAGGAUGAAGGCCUUUAGUGCAACAUUCGACAAUCCUGCACAGUUUCCUUUCAUCGUUUCGGAGUGGGUGGAGGGAACUCAAUUGCGGUGGACGGAAUCCUUUCCUGAGCUACCACAACGGGAUAAAAAUAUACGGCCACUUCAUGUCACAACCCUUAUAAAUCGCAAAAUCAAACGAGCUGAGAACAACAAACUUCCUGGAGCAGCGGUCAGCGAGUGCCUCGAUCAACAGAGUCUAAUCGCAGAGUACCUCAUACCAGACCUCGAUGAUCCCCCCUGCGUCCUCGUCCACGGUGACCUGACGACUGAAAACGUUAUCGUGGAUGAGGACUUUAACGUCAAAGCUAUCAUCGACCUCGGAUUCGCAGAGAUCAUCCCACUGCAAUUCUCAGCAUGUUUCCCCAACUUCCUAACACACGAAUUCGAAUCAUUACACGAACCUUUCGAAGCCAAACACGGAAGUGAGACCGAUGGACCGUUGGUUUGGCGGUCAAAGAAUACAGAGGUUAUGCGAAGGGAUCGGGAAUUCUACUUGCGAUGUGUUGAGGAAUUCUCUCGUGGAGAUCCGAUGCUGGAGGCGUAUUACGAGUUAUUAGCUGCGGAGGAUGAGAUCAAGAGAUACCGGUGGAUUAUGGCGGCGACAAAGCUGAAGAACAAGAAGCUGGCGGCAAAGGUAAAGGAAUUAGAAGAGACACGUGAGAAUCAAAAGGCAAGACUGACCACCCUGACCGAUUCGGUGCUGUCGCGCGCCAACAAGCGCGAGUAUGUCGCAAAUGAGAGAUUUCUCAACCUUAACCUUGUGUCUGCCGUUGCCGACAUCCUCCCACGAUUUGCGAACGAGGACUUGAUCAAAAAUGGCAAUGCCGGGGUUAUGAACGACACAUACCGAGACUGCGUCCAACGCCUGGAAUUCACUCACUGA